AUGGCCGCCCUCACAGCCGGCUACACUCAGAGGUUGCACUCACUCCCCAGCGCCAGGACCACCAGUCCAUCUGUCCGCAAGCUGCCGUUCGUCAGCAUCCCAGGGCACACCUCCAUGCUCCUGUGGGCAUCUCUGCUGCUCCUCGCUCCAGUCGGCGGACAGCUUGAAGCUGCAUCCAAACCCGUGAUCUCCCUCCACCCUCCAUGGACCAUCGUCUUCAAAGGAGAGACAGUGACUCUGACCUGCAAUGUGUUUCACUUUCAUGCACCAGAAAAAAUAAGAUGGUUCCUCUGGUACCUCGGGAGGAGAAAACUAAGUGAAACCCCAGAAAACAGCCUGGAGGUCCGUGAUUCUGGACAGUACAGAUGCCAGACCCAGGACUCGCUCCCGAGUGACCACGUGAGCUUGACCUUUUCUUCAGGCUUGCUCAUUCUCCAGGCUCCACAUAGCGUGUUUGAAGGUGACACAUUGGUCCUGAGGUGCCGGACAAAGAAGGGAGAGACACUGACCUCUGUGAAGUACAGUUGGAAUAGGAAAGUCAUUUCCACGUCCAAUCAAAGCCAGGAUCUGUUGAUACCACAUGCAAGUUCAAACAACAGUGGCCAUUACCACUGCACUGGAUAUGUGGGCAAAAGCUACAUGCUUAGGUCAAACAUCAAGGUUGUUCACAUUCAAGAACUAUUUCCAGAACCAAAGCUGAAAGUCACCCCAUCCCAGCCCACAGAGGGCAAGUCCGUAAACCUGAGCUGCGAAACUCAGCGGGUUCUGGAGCGGCCGGACACUGUGCUUCAUUUCAUCUUCUUCAGGGAGCACGGGGUCGUGCUGUCAGACUGGAGCCAGUCCCCGGAACUCCAGAUCACAGCUCUCUGGAGACAAGACUCAGGAGUUUACGGGUGCGGUGCUGCUUCCGCCCAGGGCGUCCGCAAGUACAGCCUCCCGCUGCAGGUCUCUGUGCAGGGGGUCCCCGUGUCCGGAGUGCUCCUGGAGACCCAGCCCCCGGAGGGCCGGGCGCUUGCCGGGGAGCCCCUGGUCCUGGUCUGCUCCGCGGCGGAAGGCACAGGGGACACCACGUUCUCCUGGUACCGGGAGGACACGGGGGAGAGUCUGGGGCGGAAACGCCGGCGCUCCCAGAGAGCGCAGCUGGAGAUCCCUGCGGUGGGCGGCAGCCACGCGGGGGGCUACUUCUGCACGGCCGACAAUGGCCUCGGCCUCGACCUCAGCGCGGUCCUGAACGUCACUGUCACAGGCACUCAGAGGAACAGAAGCGGCCUCACUGCUGCCAGAGCCAUCGGGGGACUGCUCAGCAUUCUUCUCCUGGCUGCGGGCUUGCUGAUUUACCACCGGCACCGGAGGAAGUCAGGAGAUGGUUCUCCGGGAAACACAACCAGGAGCCCUCCCGCCACAGGCCCAGGAGAAACGCCCCAUGGCAGGUGCCAGGAACAGAAAGACAGCCCAGUAGAGCUCCAGCAUUUGCAUGGCAAUGUGAGUCUCAGAGAGGGAGACUUGGUAUACUCUGAGAUCCAGAUUAUUCAGCUGGGACAAGAAGGGGAAGCCAGUGCCUCCAGAGCAUGUCUAGGGGACAAGUGUACCACAGUUGUCUACUCCUCGGUGAAGACACAGCUCCAAGGGGACUCAGCCGGAGACGUCAGGUCCCAGGAUGAAGAUGAAGAUGGUUACGAGAAUGUCCCACCUGCAUGACUUGUCCCUGAUCCGAAGCUCCAGCUCAGGGCAGCCCUCAGGGCCCCAGGAGUGACCAGCUAGUUCCAACUACCCACGUGCUUUCACAUCCACGACUCCUGACUCACCUUCUCUGAGUUGGUGAUGGGGCCGCCACUGAAAGACUUGCUCAGGUGACCAGGAUCUGCAGAUCCUGUACCCCUGCUCUGAGUCUAAUGUAAUGUGCUCCCCACGGUCUGAUUUAGGGAAAAGGAAGAAGUGGGGGGAGAAGUACUCUUGUUGAAAAACAGAAUCACAAGUUUUGGUGAUUUGGGAUUUGUACAAGGCAGGACUGAGUGACCCAGGUGUCUGCUCCAUGCGUCUCCAACAGCUGUCUCACUUGGGACCAUCCUCAUUGGUUGGUUUACCUGUGCGCGGUGCCCAGGUCCUUCCCACGCCAAGCCCAGUGCCGCCUCUCCCACCUACACUGCUUACAGUCAGGAUUGCAUGGUAGACAAAAGAAUCCACGUCACUGGUCUACAGAAAAAAGAAUUUUAAGAAGCAGGCUCUAGGCCAAGCUUUCAAAACCAAAAUGUAAUUAUUCUAAUGUUAUUUAAGACAAAGAUCUUUAACAUUAGAGAAAAAAAUACAAAAACAAAAUUAAGUAAUAAUCCUACAAAUUUGAAUUGGAAAUAUCCAUAGAGGUUCACAUCAAACUCUGCUUUUUAAAGAAGAUAUUUAUUUCCUAGGUUUGUCCACUGAAAAGGCCUAGAAAUAAUUAGCAACCCAACAGCAGUGAGCAUCCCUUCCAUAGGCUGUGUUCUCCAAAUACGAUUUCCUACCCAGAGGCUACUGGGCUCUUUCUUGCAGGAGGUGUGUCUUUAGUUACCAAAUAGUUGAUGUGGGAAUGAGUAAUUCUUUCAAUAAAUGAAGAAGAAAUGAAAGACACAGAAAACCACUCUUUUGAUGGGAUACUUCAUGGG